AUGAAAUUCUUACCGAUUGUUUUGACUGUCCUCGCUUCCCUAAUUCCGUCCUGUAUGGCACUCUGCGAUAUCAGCUGGAACAUCCCCGAUGUCCCUUCCGAAGGAUUAACAGACAUUACCUUUCCGAUUAACAUCGCCAAUGCCCCUCAUACAGCAGGUUACUACUUUGCGCAACAGUUCGGUUUUGUUGGACUCGCAGAUGUCGGGUACAUUGGUUUGCAGCCGCGACCGGACUCUGACUCUGGUAGCACCAUGCACGGUGUCUUUUCUUCUUUUGUCUCUGGCGCCACGUCUACAGAUGACAACUGCAGUAACGGCGCAGAUGGUGGAGAUGGAGUGAGCUGCGCAGUUGAUUUUCUCGCGUCUUACUCGGAUACCUGGAAUCUAGUAGUUACGAGCGAUGGAAAUACCUGGUCUGGUGCGGCUGUCGAUUCUUCUUCAGGGGUGCAGCAGAAUAUAGGUACAUACACCUUGCCAGCCGGUGCAGGUGGUAUUCAGAGUUCACAAGUGGGCUUCGUGGAGUACUAUCCCUGGAAUGGUAAUUCUACCUUCACAUGUGCGGAUCUCCCAAGUACAAAAGGGACUUUCUAUCCUCCUACAACACAGAGUUCGUCCAAUGGUGCGGUAACAGGGGACAUUAGCGGCUCGGUUGACAAUUGUCAAUCAUAUAUAACCCAGCAAUCGAUUUCUGGUGGAGUGGACUUCAGUAUAUCUUAG